AUGAAGAUCUACGAAUAUCGUGUUAUUCUUCCAACAAACGUUCCACAGUACCAGAUUGGUAACCUUUACAUGUGUGCACAACGCACACGUGAAACCCAAGGUGGUGGCGAAGGCAUUGAGAUCUUAAAGAACGAGCCAUAUCAGGAAGGUGAAGAGAAGGGCCAGUACACACACAAGGUCAUGCACUUCAAGUCUAAAGUUCCAGGUGCCAUUCGUUGGGCUAUUCCAGACAAAUACCUCCACAUCGAUGAGAAGUCACACAACUCAUAUCCACACUUCCACACACUUUACGAACAGAAGGGUAUGGGCAAGGACUUCUACCUCCUUGUCGAGUCCCAGCACAUGGUUUACGACCGCGAGAAAGGCGUUCCAGAUAAUGCUCUUAAUCUUACACCAGAAGAACUUAAGCAGCGCCAGAUUUUCUACCUUGAUAUCGUCAACUCCAAGCCAAAGCCAGAGAAGCCAGAGUGGGAUAUGCACAACUUCGAGUGCCCAGAGGCCAAGAUCUCUAAGCUUUCAACACCAAAGAACACCUGCGACGAGACAAAGCCACCAGAGUGGACACUCACAUACGAAGGCGAUAUGAUUGUUGCCGUCAAGAUUGUCAAGUUCAAAUUCAAAUGGUUCGGCAUCCAGUCUGCUGUCGAAUCCUUCGCUAUGGGCAAAUUCCACGAUGUCUUCCUUGACUCCCACCGUGCUAUGUUCUCUUGGGCUGCCCAGUGGUUCCCAAUGGACAUGCCAGCUAUCCGUAAGCUCGAACAGGAAGUUCAGGAUGAACAGGCUAAGCUCAAAUUCGACAAGGAUGAGGAAUCCGAGUCAAAGAGCAAGAAGGAUGACAAGAAGAAGGAUGAUAAGAAGGCUGAAGAAGCAAAGAAGGAGGAAGCUAAGCCAGAAGAGCCAAAGAAGGAAUAA